GCGUCACUUGACAACACGGUUUGAAUCGGAGAAGCAGUCAGUGCUUAAUGGGAUUAUGAAUGCAAAUAUAUAUAUUUUUUAAAAAUAUUUCUGGAUAAAUUUAUAGAGCCAACUAGGUAGUUAGCUGAUGUUAGACAAGUUAGACGUUAAGCACAAAUGAGUCAACCGAGAAACGUCAGGAAGAGCGAAACAAACCAGAGAGGUCGAAUAAAAGAUGGAGGACAAAAAGGAAGAACACGGAGAAAGCAGCGAGAAAUGCGGGUUUUGGCUGAGAGGAACCUGGCGGUGGUGCCGGUCGGCGCAUGGGUCGAGACUGGAGAGGAGGAACAGGAACAUCCAGCGGUGCGCGCAUUGCUCACUGAGGAGCUGCUUGAAGAAACCCGCAGGUUGAAGGAGGAGAACCUGCGCCAGUUUCAGGAUGCGGUACGCAGACGGGUAUCUGAGCAAGCCCGAAUGCGUAAACAACAGCAGCUACAGAAGUCUUACAAAACAGCUGAAAGGGAGUAUCGAGUAACUCAAAAGAGCAGUGACUACGCCGAGCACCUCACACCUCGGAAGAGUCAAUUUCCCUCCUGGCCCCAAGGGGAGCUUGGUAUCUGCAACCAGAAUGCACGCUGGGUCAUGGCUCAAGAGCUCAAUGUGGCCAGCAGCGAUGAUGCCAACCAGUACAGACAUCAGCUUAGCAAAAUCAUGAAACAGGUGAGACACAGGCUGGCUGCAUGCCAAACCGUCCAAGAGAGCAAGGACUUAUCAGAGCUUCCAGGAGGAAUAUGGAAAGUUUCUUCAACUAGAGACAAGACUGUCAGGAGAAUAAUGGAAGAUGAUAACGAUGAGGAGGUGGAAAACGAAGAUGGGCUUACAGAGGAAGAAGAGGUUUCGUUGGCGGGGCAGCAUGAUUGGCCUGUUUGUUUGCAGAACAGCAAGACGGUGAUGUUUCAGAACAAUUUGGUGCAUGAAAGAGUUUCAAGAGAACCACAUCCCACAAGCUCGGACUACAGAUCUACUCGGGUGCUUUGGCCAAGAGAGGACGAAGAGGAGCAGAAGAGUCAGAGACGCUCUCACUUCCUGAUGUAUCGCCGCCUUUUCAUGGACCUCGAGCGAGAACAGGUGAAAGAGCACCAGAGACACAAGAAACAUCUGAGGAGAAUUGCCAGAAUUAAGGCAGAAAAGGAGCAGCAGAGGGAGGAAGAAGAGAGGAGGAUGGAGCGUACUCGGCAGCAGGAGGAGCACAGGAGGGAGCUGGCCGAGAGGGAGCACCUCAUUCUGGAGCGGCUCAGGCUAGAAGAAGAGGAACAGGAGGAGGAGAAGAGAAGAGCACGAGUGAAGAAAUCCAAAGAGAACACAAGGUACGUCGAAGCCUUGCGAGCUCAGAUAAAGGAGAAACUGGAGCAGGAGAAAGUUGAGCUUCCUCCACUCUGCUGCUGUGGCGAGAGUUUUUGGGAUUCGCACCCUGACACUUGUGCCAACAACUGUGUCUUCUACAACAAUCCUAAAAGUUAUGCCCAGGCUCUGCUCUCGGUCCUGUUGAGUUGUGAGCUGAACGAAGGCGACGCUGGACGCAGGAGCUUCACACGGAAAAUCGUGCGCACACUAGCCCACCACAGCUAAACUUUUUCUUUUAUUUCUUUUAACAGACAGUUUGCUGUUUACAAAUACCUCAACACUGAAGUCAUUUGGAAAGUUGAUUUUUUUAAAUCAAUUUUUUACAGUUAAUUUUUUCUAGUCUUGUUUGAAAGUUCAUGAGGAACCAAAUAAAAGUGAUGCAUGUCA